AUGCACCCCGACGGAGCGACGGAGGCGAUCGUCGACUUUGCGCUGGCGGGCGGCUGUAGGCCGGCCAGCGGCAAGCCGUUUGCCGUGGCCCGCAACAUUUGCCGCUUGGACAAGCGCGGGAAGCGAGUCACCUCGUACACCGCCUUUGUCAAGUAUUUGGUCGACAAGGCGCCCGGCCGCAUCGGCACGAGGACGUUGCCCUUCGAAGGGAAGAACAUCGUCGUGUACUCUCUGCCGGAGAGCGGCGGCGGCGGGGAGGGGGAGGGGGCGAUGUUAAAGAUCAUAUGCGUAAAGCCGUACGGCAAAAAGUGCUGA